UGAUAAUGGGCUUGAGGACUACACAAACGUAACGGGCCUCAUUUUUAAUAAAGAUGUUGAAUGAGAGUGGUGGUGGAGAGAGAGACGGUUUCGGUGGCUUGAAAGGGUUUGCUUUGCUUGCGGAUGAAGAAUCGGGUCAACCAUUCUCGUCCUUUCUCUCCAUCAAACCCUAAUUUAUUUCCAUACCCCAAUCUCAUCAUCAUAUAUAUAAUAAUACUUCUUCCUCCCUUAAUCUCACUCAUCACCUCAAAACUUUCUGUUUGAAUGGUAGAAACAGCUCCGAUCACCAAAGAAUUUAUGCUCUCCCAUUGCACCACCGCAAGGGCGAGCUUUCUCCUCCGUCGUCUCUCCGCUGCAUCUUCUUUCAAAUUUGGCUUUUGCAAGGAAGGCUGGUGCUACCGUUGCAUCGGCGUCGACCCUUGAACUCCCAUCACUGUUUUUUUAUUCUCCUUUUCUGAUUUUGUUAUAAAGAUGUUGUUGUACAACAAGCAAAAGAGAAACCAGAAACUAAAGACUACAAAGAGGUUUCUUGUUAGCAUCAAUGUCUUAGGAAGUGCUGGUCCGAUUCGUUUUGUUGUCAAAGAAGAUGAAACUGUAGCCAAUGUCAUAGAUUAUGCACUCAAAUGCUAUGCUCGUGAAGGCAGGCUUCCACUUCUCGGAUCAGAUUCCAGCUUUUUCCUACUUUACUGCCCGUACUAUGCCUCUCAAGCAUUCGAUCCAUGGGGUAAUAUCGGGUCAACCGGAUCAAGGAACUUUGUUUUGUCUAAGAAAUUAGAGACUCAAAACCUUGAAGACUCUGUGAUGACAACAACAGCAAUCUGGAGGUUGAAGGCCUGGCUCAACAAGUCUCUCGGCCUUAUGGUUCCUUCCCAUUAAAUCAUGCUUCCAAAGCUUUUUCUCUUCGAUUUCUGGAGCUCUGUUUUGGUUUUGUUGUCAAUGGAUUUUUGUUGUAGAUUAGCCACAAAAUAAUAUGGAUUGAGAUUUUGGUAGCAUAUGUAGACUCGUUUCUGCUCUUU